GGGAUCGGCUGGACGCAGGCGCUGGUCAGCUACAUAACCUCUCUUAUCGCCGGCACUACCGUACAAGUACACCAUGUGUCCCCUCGACAUAGAGAGAAUAGAGGGCGAGAUUUUAAUUUUGGCGGUGGAAAAGAGGCCCUGCAUUUGGGACAUACGGAUCGAAGACUAUAAGGACAGAAACAAGAAAGACGCAGCAUGGCGCGACAUUUGUUGCGAAUUGUUUCCGGAUUUCAAAGAGCAUACGAGGACUGAAAGGAAAUCCGUUGGCCAGAAGGCUCAACAAAAAUGGCGUAAUAUCAGGGACUACUACCGCAAAUACACAAAGAAAGUGAGGAAACCUGGUUCGGUAGCAUUAAAAAGAUUUAAAUAUGUUUAUGCCGACCAGCUGGGUUUUUUGGAUCCAGUUUUAGAAUCAAGGGAUUCAAUUCCGGACCCAGUUCCAAGUCUGCAGGAAGACGGUAUGGAGUACGUGGAGCAGGCUUUGGAAUUAUCCCUGGCAGAAGACAAUACGGAUAAUCAAAUAGCAUCAGAUGACCCAUUAACACCGGACCAGCCCUCGGUGGGAUCAGCAGCUACACGGAGGAAAAUAAACGGAAGUAUCAAACCUGACCCUGAUGCGAACUUUCUGGAUAGUACAGCUGCUCGUGGCCCCUCUACUGAGGACGAAGACAAAUCAUUCCUCGAUUCCUUGUUGCCCACUCUUCGAAGUUUUGAUACGGAUCAAAAACUGGAGUUCCGUGUGGAGGCCUUACGGCUACUUCAGCGCAUCCGAAUCUCAAGAUCACAGACAAUUCACGGUUUUUAUGCACCUUACCAAUCACCUUUGCAACAUGUACCGGUGCAUCCAGGAAGUCCGGGAUACUUUCCAUUGCUACAUACGUUUGGGAAUUUUUACAACCAACCUCCAGCUCCUCAGUUAGGACAGAUGCCGUCUCAACAGCAUCAUCCUAAAAGAAGCGCGUCCGCAACCAAACAGUCGGCUGCGGUUUCGCAAGACCGCGUUGCAUCACCAACAGAUACUGAAUUAUCAGCAUUUUCAGAACAUUCCAAUUGAGCUGAAAUGAGUUAGUUUAUUUCCUUCACUACUUGCAUUUGUAUUAUUUUCCUUAACUUCGUUUCAAGUCGUUUGUAAGAAACAAACUGUCGC